GGUCACUUCCGCGAAAAUUUGGCGGGACAAAAGAAACAACCAGGAAGUUGGUUUUGUUUUAGUAACGGUUUUACAGCCUUCAGAAAAGUGAUCUUUCCUUUUCAAGCACGAUGGAAGACAACGUCGUCGAGGCGCAGGAUUGGAAAAGUACUAAAGAGGCUCUUACCAACUUCCGGUGGCUUCUGCUUUGUUCCAAAUGUUCAAAUUUAAUGGAAGAGCCUGUGUGUAUGGGCAUGUGCGAGCAUAUGCUGUGCAGGUCCUGUGCCGGCCCCAGAGCAGGGGAUGGCUGCGCGGUGUGCCUUAGCCCUGCGUGGGUGAAGGACAUCCAAAUCAACAGGCAGCUCAGCAGCAUUAUACAGCUCUUUUGCGGUUUGGAGUCCCUGCUCAAUCCCACAAAACCAGACUCUAUUGGUGGGACCCAAACAGAAAGGGAGGCAGCUGUCUUUAAACACAAGAAAAACUUCAAGAUAUGGUUUAGUCCACGCAGUCGCAAGGUGCGCUGCAAGGUGGAGAAACCCUCAGACGUCCCAGUGCCUAGCAACUCUGGUGAAACCGUCGCCCCACAGCUGGAAGCCCCUGCAGCUCAAAGCCAAGACCUGUCGGUGUUUAAUUUUACAUCAUCCUCUCAAGACUCUUCUUCUUCUCAAAGAUGCAACCUUGAAAACCAAAAGAAGAAGAAGAAGCAGUCAUUGAAGAGAAAUGCCAACAGCAGCCAUUCACAGGGGCAGAGAACCAGCACAACCACGCGUGAGCAGACCAGGCAGAACAAUAAAAAGAAGAGGCUGGAGGCCAUAAACCAGCAGUGGGGAAUUACAGAGGCAGAGCAUGCAUCCUCCGAACUGGAGCAGCCAUGUGCUAACAUGUCAAGAAGGUCCAGUAAAAGGGUUUCUUUCAUAGGUCCUGCCGUCACCUGUGAAGAGCUUCCAGCGAAAGUGCUAAAAGAGAAUACUGAACUAGAUCCUGCCCAAAACACAGUGGGAGAUGAUGUUUCAGAGGGCAGCAGCAGUACACCGAGGUGCCAAACUCAGGUUGCUCAGGGCAGUGUUGGUCAGCCAAAGAUAGCAUGUACAAAUGAGCCCAGUCCCAAUGAAGAUGCUCUCUGUCCGAGCAACAUGACUACUCCUGAUAAAUGCUCUAAAGGAGUAGAAAAGAAAAAAAGCCUUUUGGAAAACACACCAAGAAGACCGAGAACCUCCACCAGCCAACGAAGAAAGUCACUAGUUGAGAUCUCUCCAACUGUCAAUAAUCCUCCAUCUUUAGCUACACCCCGGAGAGAGAAGAGCACAAAACUCGGCAAACAAAGGGAUGCGGCAGGCCUGACUUUAACAGAAAGACACAGUAAAUCCCCCUGCAGUCCGAGAUCAUCUGGUCGACCAAAUUCUGGAAGCCCUGCAUUUAUGAAGAGGAACUACAAGGGAGAGACCCCACUGCAUCUAGCAGCAAUAAAGGGAGAUGUAGAGGCUGUCAAGGAGCUGCUGGACCAGGGAGCUGACCCAAACCAAAAAGAUAAUGCUGGGUGGACACCCCUGCAUGAGGCAUGUAACUUGGGUCACCUGACUGUUGUUGAGGUGCUGGCCACAAGAGGAGCCCUGCUGAACACACCAGGCUAUGAAAAUGACUCUCCACUCCACGAUGCUGUCAGGAACGGACACUCGGCCAUCGUCAAAGUGCUGUUGCAGCUCGGAGCCUCGCAGAACGUUCUUAAUCUGCAUGGAAAGCGGCCUGCAGAUUAUGCAGUGAGCCCAGAGAUGCUGAAUAUUUUCCAAGAGGCCUCUGAAGGAAUCCAGCGUGCCAAUUCUCAUACAUCUCCCAGCCCAUCAGCCAGUCUCUCUGUGGUGAGUGAAUCUGUGAAAGGUGAUCAAACUGUGGUGCUUUUGGCUUCCAAGCUGUCACAGCGAGAGCAACACCAGCUGGCCAAACUGGAAGAGCUGCUGGAAGGGAGAAUGUCUGACACCUUCUCUGCCUCAGUAAGCCAUGUCGUGGUGCCAGAAGGACCGAUACCCACAAACUCCUCCACCCUUCUGGCUCUUCUGGCUGGUUGCUGGGUUGUCAACUACAGCUGGGUGGAGGCAUGUUUGCAGGCGGGGAGGCGGCUGCCUGAAGCCGAGCAUGAAGCAGGAGAAGGUCCUCGGCGCAGUCGCAUCAACAGAUGCAGCUUGCUCCCUCCCCUCUUCGACGGAUGCUUCUUCUUCCUCCUGGGCUCCUUUAAGGCACCAGACAAAGACGAGCUCGCCAAACUGCUGCGGGAAGGAGGAGGCCAACUCCUGAGCCGGCAGCCCAAGCCAGACAGCGAUGUGACUCAGACUCUGAGUGCUGCAGCGUACCACGCGGUUCCUGGUUCCGACCAGGCUCUGUGCACCCAGUACAUCAUAUAUGACCCAGAGAGCUCUUAUAAGCCUGCGGUGGUCCGGCGGGGGAAGGUUUGGUCUGCUCCCUGCACCUGGGUCAUAGACUGUAUUACAGCAUUCUCCCUUCUCCCUGUUCCAGAGCCUCAGAUAGUGGGCUAAGACAUUCUUUUGAUAUUCUUGAUUCAGACAUCAGAGGACUUUUUAAAGUGGUCAGAAUGUAUUUUAGUUAUUCUAUUAGUUAUUUAGUUAUUCUUUAAAUUACUUAAAUGCAAAAGGAGUAAACAAUAAAACAAAAAUCAUGGCCCUUUGAUUGUAGUUUAAAUGGGCAUUAAAUGUUUUUUUCGUGUUUUUGAGUUUGUAAAACUCAUCAGUGGUUGCAUCCAGUGGGUUUAAGAAAAGACAAUCAAGUGUUUGUAGCAUUCCUUACUUGAAAAAACUGUCUGUAGUUGUUGAUUUAUUAUGAUGUUGUUAAAAUGGACCUGAUGUCAGUGGAACAAAGGAGUUUUAAUUGCAUUCAGUAUUGUGAAAAAUUGAGUAAUUAUGCUUUUCUUUUCUCUUCAGACUCAUGCAAGUUGUAAACAUCAUGUUGUUAAAGUAUAUUAAAAAUACAAAUGUUCAAAAA